GAGAAAGAGGAAGUUGCGCGGAAGUUUCAAAUUACGUUCCUACGCGCACUUCUCCAUAUUUGGGGUCACCGAAGCCCGGAUGUUGAGAAAGAAGACGAGCUUGGAAACGUAGUAGUCAAUUAGUAUUUAUUCAAAAUGGGGAAUGAGACCUCAUUACCUAUGGAGCUCUGCUCUACAUUUGAUGCAGAUGAAAUCAAACGACUUGGCAAACGAUUUAAAAAACUAGAUUUAGAUAACUCAGGAUCUCUUAGCGUAGAUGAAUUUAUGUCACUACCAGAACUACAGCAAAAUCCUUUAGUACAACGUGUAAUUGAUAUAUUUGACACAGAUGGCAAUGGUGAAGUAGACUUUAAAGAAUUUAUAGAUGGCGUUUCUCAAUUUAGUGUUAAAGGUGACAAAGAGUCGAAAUUAAGGUUCGCAUUUAAAAUUUACGACAUGGACAAAGAUGGAUAUAUAUCUAAUGGCGAACUGUUUCAAGUGUUAAAAAUGAUGGUAGGCUCGAAUUUAAAAGAUGCCCAACUGCAACAGAUUGUCGACAAAACAAUUAUACAUGCUGAUGCGGAUGGCGAUGGCAAAAUCUCAUUUGAAGAGUUCUGCUCUGUGGUAGGUACUAUGGAUGUUCAUAAAAAGAUGGUUGUAGACAUUUAGCACCAACCCUGUGAAUAGACAUCUUGCAAUCUGACCUGCGUCUAUGUGGAGUUACCAUCUACUCAAUGUUACACAUCAUACUAUUACAAUAUUGCCUUGGAUACAUAAUAUGUCAACAAUAUUGUCAUAGACACAACACAUCAUACCAAAAUGUUGCCAUGGAAACAGCAUACCAUAUAUGGACAAUAUUUUUAUGGAAAACAACAUGGAUUCAUUUACCUCAAGGAUAUAAGAGCACAUACAGCUGAAUUAGGAUCAAGAUAUAACAACAUCAGAUUUUUGAAAACCCUUAUCUUGGGUUACAUAGAAGCUAGAAUCACUAAAAAUGAAAUAUUGGAUGAUGCAUAGUUCUCAAGAUGAACACACAAAUGUAAAGUGGAGUCAUUUACAGAUAUGGAUAUAUUUACAACUUGGUUGAAUAGAGGCUAAAAUAUCUUGUGCUACUACAUACCUACAUCAAUGGAAAUCAAAAUGCGUUCAUUGAGUGUAUAGUGUUUUUCACUGGCCAGGUCACUGAGAUAUAUGUACAUAAGAUACUGUGUACAGGCCCCCUGAAAUAGACCACUCCUUGGUAGUCAUGUGAUCUUUAUGAUUUCUUUCUCAUUCUCUGUUCUUAUUCUUGAACAGUUGAGAAUUCAACCAUAUAAGGUGGUCAUACAAUGCAAUGAUUUAUAAGAUGAUCCUGUAAGAAUCUUGGAAUGGUCAUGCAGGAAUCGUGCAAUGAUGCAAGAAUUGUGCAAUGAUGCAAGAAUCGUGUACUGAUCAUGCAAGAUUCAUAUGGUGGUCGUGAAAGAAUUGUAUGAUUAUCAGACUGGAAUCAUGUGAUG